UUCAAUCAUCACCUGCCUAACACUCUUUAGUAUAUCAGUUUUACAUAUGUAUAUUUGUAAAUUUUGAAAAAAAACGAAAUAUUUGUCAUCAUGAACUAUAAACCAAUUGGUCCAAGAAAGGUUAAGAGGAGGAAGGAAGUGAAGAAAAGCAAGCCCUACGAGUCUUAUUAUAUGUACGAUGUGUUUAAGAAUCACAUGGCGCACUUGCGCUUCAGCCACGUGGUGUUUCAGAGAAAGGUGCCGCUGAUCAAAAGAUUGCAGCUCGUCCUUGAGAAAAACGUUGGACCUCAUGCCCAUGUGGUAGUUGGCAAUACAGUGUACAAGUGCCAAGUCUUAAUACUCCGCAUCUACUGCCGGCUUUUUAGCAAUAACCUCAAGCGGGGUGAUUUGGUCAGGUUUCCCAAUGGUGUGAUGAACAACGAGUGCUUUGAAAUGGCCUACGGCUGGAUGAUCACUGAUCAGAUUUACUGUCACCGUAGCCAGUUGCUGGAUCUUCUAGUGGCCACAGAUCUGCUGAAGUGCGCCCCUUUGGCCAGGAGCCUUUUCCAGCGCCUGGACGACCACAGGCACUUCUCCGAUCUGAAGGCCUUCGCGUGCUUCUGGGAGGCCAAACGCAGGGGCAUUAAGGCCAUGGCCGAUAUGAUGCUGGCCAGGGCCGGCAAGGCGUUCCUUGCUCUGGUCUGCACCAAGGGUUUUCUGAGGAUGGAUGUCUACAGCCUGUGCGAUCUGCUCCGUUCCGAUGGCUUGGCCGUGCAAUCCGAGAUCGAGGUUUUUUAUGCAGCUCUACUAUGGCUUGAGUCCAACUAUCAAAGACGUAAAAUAUACAUUUUUCGUGUCAUGUGCUUGGUAAGGUUCCAUAUGAUGCCAAAUGCAUUUCUUCUUCGUUUCGGGAAUAAUCUCAAGAAUUUGCGGCCACACCUUGCGGAUCAGAUUUGUACCUUGAUUUUUCAUGGAAUCCUAGAUAAGCGCGAAAGACGUAUGAAUCAUCGUAUGUCAAAUAGCAAUAGAUGGAGAACUCGCACUUGGAUACGGGACCCCUUGUGUCCUUAUGGAAUUUAUCUUAAAAGAAACGGCUGCUGCGAUAUAAACAUUGAAGUAUUCCUCUACUAUUUGAAGUGUAUUCGAAAAUCACCUGAUGCUUUUCUGGCUCGGAUAAGACAGACUAGCCCCCAUGAAGUGUACUCCAAAAAGCGUAAGGACUUGAUACACGAACCUUCUACAUCAGUGUAUUCUGGAAGCAAGUCCCCGGUGUAUGUUUCGAAACAUAAUUAUUUUUAUGACGAUUCGGAGUCAUCUGAUAGUGAUGCUGUCUAUGAUCCUGACAGUGAGUCGGCCGAAACAUCUACUUUGACCGCGUCUAAAGAAUUUAAAUGUGAGGAAGAAGACGAUUUUAUGUCGUCUCCUGGAUUUAUUGGUAUUGAUACGGAUGAAGAAGGAAUUUUUAACAAUAACUCGAAUGUCGGCUUCAAAGGUGAUUUAAAAUCGGUCUUUUUUUCGGAUUCUUCCAUGGAAACUUCUGAUGAAUUCUCAACGGAUACCACUGAAGAAUCUUCCACAGACUCCUGCCAGGAAAUCUCUGCAAAUUAUAAGAAACCAUAUCGAAAUAGCGUUUUAGAUUCCGUAGGAUAUGUCCUCGCAGAUUCUGAAACAGAUUCUGCUGCACAUGCCCGAACAGAUUCUGAAACAGAUUCCACUAGAUAUGCCCGUACAGAUUCUGAAACGGAUUCCGCUAGAUAUGCCGGCACAAAUUCUGAAACAGAUUCUGCUAGAUAUAUUCGCUCAGAUUCUGAAACAGAUUCCGCUGGAUUAUCGGCUAGAUAUUCUAUUGCACAUUACUAUACAGAUUCCCGUAAAGGUUUUCCAAUCAAAUCAUCAACCGGAAACCGUAGUUCUAAAACCACCUUAACAACUGAUUCGUUGGAAUAUUUUUAAAUUCAAUUAAAUUUUCCAUUCACA